CCUGGGACUGAACUUGAAGAGCGCUUCUCUCCAUUGCAGUGGCUUCAAAUGCCGGGCAAUGCCUGAGCAAAGUUCUGCAAAUUGGGUCCAAGAACAGGCUAGCAAAGCAAUGCAACGUGGGUGAGAAAUAUCGCUGGGUGGUCACGCCACAUUGUAGUUGCCUCACGAGUUUGCGCCCCAUUUGCCAUUUAUGUUGUCAUGCGGGUUUCAAGAAGGGCAAUGCAGGACUUGAGCUAGGAUUUGACAGCUUCCAGUUCUUUUCUGGGCCGCUGCUGAGCACUCACAACCAAGGCUUCACCAAUGGCAACAACAGCGUGUGCCCUGGGUCCUUCAUGCAACUCCAAGGGUCAGACAACGCGCUCAGUCUAUUACAACACAAAUCUCACACUGCUCUGGGCAGCUCCUCUCCUGUGUCUGCUCCUUUUGGGGGGCGCCUCGGCACAGGGCCUCAUCCCGGUUCCCGCCACAGUGACGCGCGAGCUGGGUGCGUAUUACAUCAGCAAGUUUGGGCUCACCGAUGCGGACUUCGACUUUUAUUCUGUCCUGACGCAGCGAAACAUUGGCAACGUGUAUGCCCAGAUCAACAAUCUUUCGGCCACUGAUACCCCCCAGGCCGCUGCAAGGAAGAGCAGCACCGUGCGGGGAUUGCACUCUGCAAACACGCUGGGGGGGAGGGUGACCGUGGAAAGCUUUUACCGUUUACUACGCUGCGAGGAUGACAGUUGUUUCGUGACAAGCAGGGUGGUUGUGGCUGAAGUAGACAGUGCUGUCAAUGGCCCCCCCCAAUACGCCAUGGCCACCGUCAGAUCCAAGCUAGGUGGCACCCACUGGACUCUUAAUGCCCCACAGAGUGUCGCCAGCAAUCUCCUAGAUACACAAGAAGAGGAGUCAUACAAAGAUCCUGUUUACAGGGGGUUUACGCUGUACCACAAGGUAACCCGGCCCCCUCCGUGUAGCUCGGCUUUGCCCAUGACGCAUGGGGGAGCCCUCCAAGAGCUGCGUGGCAAACCAGGCUUCCAGUGCGUCAAUAGUGACGGGCUUACCCUUAUCGUCGGAGCCAGAGGGAUCCAGGGGAUCCCGCUACCAUGGGACCAAUGCAAGGGGGACCUUUUCCUGCUGUAUGUCACAAGUUCUUUGGACGUGGGCCCAUCGGUUUAUAGAGUAAUCACAAACCCUGGCAAUGUUCCAUUUACGGUGACUCUCUUCCUCCCGCCCAACAGCCAAGACUGCAACUUUCUCUAUGCGGGCGGGCCAGCCAAGAUCGUGGCCGCUGCACGUGCUUUGAUGAACCAUGACUUCCGUCCGGACACCUACCCGAAUUUCGACGUCUUGCCCGAAAUCUUGGCGCUCGGGUUCAACAACUCAAGAGCGCAAUGCGCGCCAUACUUUAGGGGCACCUAUGGGCAGUUCGUGAGUGGCCAAGCGACACCGCCCACCGAAGUUGGCCUCGUCGAUCCCUAUCUCCCUUACAAUGUCAGCAGCUUGGCAACAUGUGUAGCUAUGCUGGGAGAAGACACGCCAGAUACGUCCUUCAGUAGGAUAGCCGAAAAUGCGUGCGCUCAGCUGUUCUUGGGAAAAGGAGGGGACCAACUAAGAGAGGCAAUCAUAACUCAAGGUGGAGACUCCCCGGAUACCCAGACUUCAGACACGACAUACCUGGAGUACACCUGCGGCGAAUCUAGUUACAGUCUAGGGAUAUCAUUGAUAUUGCCUCAGAUUGCAGCAGACUUCGAGGCGGAGAAGAACUUCGUGCUAUUGUCUUCCGAGGUGAAGUAUCAUUUAGACGCGGUCGCAACCAACGCCGCCUCCGUUUUGGCCGUCGAGGCCGCUGUUGCCACUAGCGGGAUCAUAAUUGCACGGACUAUCGCCCGCUCAGGGCUCUACCGUCGGAGGCGCGUAGCGAGCAACCUGGCCCGCGGGGUAGCAAUGGCCGGCUCGCUGAGUAACCACGGCGACAAAGCGGUUUUCACGCAGGUGAGCGUUCACAACUACCGUCCGGGCAACUUCUCCACCGUGCUGCGCGCCGAGACGUACACAUUCGUGACUGUGCAAGGCUCUCGCGCGACCGCAGUCAUUGGGCUGGUGCUCUACAGCGCGACCAUGCUGCUCUGCCUCUAUCUCACCUGGACCGAGUUCACCGAGAUCAUCCACCGCAGGGAGGCUGCUGAAAGUCGAUUUGGACAAGACGCCCUUAUUGCGGACAAGGACCUGCUCAUCCAGUGGCGUGCCGCAGACAGUCUUAUGUACGACACUUUGCACCCCACAAAGGUCGUUGAGUUGGCCCAAGCGCAAGAACUGGAAAUUAUGCGGCGCAACUUCGCUCUCGCGGCGAAUCCGAGGUUGCCGUCGCGGGGAGUCGACGAAUUUUCACCCCGGGGGGGGGUAAAUGAGCAGUCAUUUCGGGGGAGGGUGAACGAGUAUUCGCCGCUCCGGAGCCCCCGGCCGCAGCCACAGGAGCGUUCCGCCAGGGACCUAUAUCCGGAACAACGGAAGGACUCCGUGCCGGAUCUGUACUUGUGA